AUGGAAAUCCACACCCCACCAGUGGUUUCCAGCUGUGAACUCCUGGGUGUCACCGAUAUCACAGCUGCCGUCAACUGCUCCCUUAGAUUUCCCUCGCACGUGAACGCAUCAUCAUCCCAUGCUAGUGCUCUACCCUCCCCUACAUCGAAUGACGGGUUCUACCUGCUUGACGUUCAUUCAGAUAUCCUUGCUACACUUAGAAAGUGGUACUGGGAGAUCCCAAGCAUUUACUUGGAUGAUCUACGCUUUCCAGACUUGAUUUUGAGGAUUCUCCGAGGACUGCAACUGCGUGAAUAUGAAGCCAUGCCUGCGUGGAAAACAUGGGCAAUUCUGGAGAGUGACAACUUCACAAGAAAGGCUUUUGUCAACUUGCCUCGUGUAGCAUGUAUUUUGUACAACUCGGUUUUCAAGCCGAUGGCGGUUCUUAUGUGA